AUGUGGUCAUUUUGGAGGCAAUUGUUUAGACCACGCGAUGCUUACGGCGCAGAGCAGACAUUACUUUUAUUUACUUAUCUCCUAGGGUUGACUCCCUUUGUGCUGAGGGGCGAGACGGGAACCCGGCAUUUCCAAUUGAGUCGCCUCGGAUAUUUAAAUGCCCUACUUCAGCUUAGUUUCUUUGGCUACUGCUUUCUCACUGCCCUCAUUCAGCAGGAGAGCAUUGUGGGAUAUUUUUUCCACUCCGCAAUCUCUCAAGUCGGAGACUCUUUGCAGAAAUUCAUUGGAUUGAUGGGAAUGUUCACCCUUUUCCUCUGCAGUGGACUUCGAGUGCGUUUAUUGAUUGACCACUUUGAUCUGAUUGCUCACAUUGAUGAUCGGAUGCUCAAUUUGGGCGUUUGCUUCAAUUAUCCUCGAAUAAUGAGACUAAGGCACACACAACUUUUUCUCAUCUCCGGCGUACAGUUGGGCUAUUUAAUUAGUUCCAUUUGUAUGCUGCUUUGGAAUGAUGUUCAACCCAUUUAUACAGCCACUGUUGCCUUCUAUGUGCCGCAGGUAUUUUUGCUCAGUAUCAUUCUGCUUUUUGGAGCAAUACUUCAUCGUUGUUGGCAGCACUUUGCAGCUUUAAAUAAGGUGCUGAAGAACCUCGCUCACCAGUGGGACACUUGUAGCAUUAAGGGCGUCCAAAAGCAACGAUCUCUACAAUGCCUGGACUCCUUUUCAAUGUAUACCAUUGUGACCAAGGAUCCAGUUGAAAUCAUUCAAGAGUCCAUGGAGAUACAUCAUCUGAUUUGCGAGGCAGCUGCAACAGCGAACAAAUAUUUUACCUAUCAACUUCUCACGAUCAUUUCAAUUGCCUUCCUGAUCAUUGUCUUUGAUGCUUAUUAUGUGCUCGAGACUUUGCUUGGAAAAUCGAGGCGAGAGAGCAAAUUCAAAACUGUUGAAUUUGUUACCUUUUUCUCAUGCCAAAUGAUCUUGUAUUUGAUUGCAAUCAUUUCGAUUGUUGAGGGCAGUAAUCGGGCUAUCAAGAAGAGUGAGAAAACUGGCGGCAUUGUGCACUCGCUACUCAACAGGACAAAGAGUGCCGAAGUGAGGGAGAAGUUGCAACAAUUCUCCAUGCAACUGAUGCACCUUAAGAUCAACUUUACAGCUGCAGGUCUAUUCAACAUUGAUCGCACACUCUACUUUACAAUCAGCGGAGCUCUGACUACCUAUCUUAUUAUUCUGCUGCAGUUUACAUCGAAUUCGCCCAGCAAUGAGAAUAGCAAUGGUUUCGAAUGUUGUGAAACAUUACAAAAUAUGACGAACCGCACCGGUUAGCCAAUUGUCGGACAAUUUCCCGGCCAGAGUCUGGGUUAUGGUGACAUUUAAAUGAACACGUUCUAUGGUGUGCAGCAAAUA